AACAGCGGCGUUGACACCGCAGCCUCCUGCUUUCACCUUCAGUCCUGAAUAUGUGGUCCUUUUACAGUUAGCACGGAAAUUUACACAUUAAUAUAAGCCCUGUGCAUCACACCCCCUGCAUGUGACUCAUCAUCCCAGCUGCAAGUCCACCAUGAACACAAGAUCCUGUGUGUCUGUGCUCCUGCUCUCGAGGAUGGGGUUCAGACCUUGUGCACCUCGCUGCGGUGCCGGGAUUGUGAGUUGCCUUCAGCGAAUCUCACCGCACCGGCCUGUACCCUGCAGUAACUCUUACUCCAGCAGCAUUAAAGUGCGCCCCUAUCUUCAGUACAUGAAACGCAAGAUCAUACCUCCUCCCAGCCCUCCGUACAGCCAUGUGUGCCAAGUCGGUGACCCAGUCCUCCGUUCUCAAGCGGCUGCUGUUGACCCUGCGGCUGUUACAGGCCCUGAAAUUCAACAGGUCAUCAGCACUAUGGUAAAAGUCAUGCGAAAAAAAGAGUGUGUGGGACUUAGUGCGCCUCAAAUUGGGGUGCCACUCCGCAUCCUGGCACUGGAAUAUCCCGAGAGGAUGUUGAAAGAGAGUUUACCUGCAGAAAGGGAGGCCCGUGGUCUUUCCGUGCAGCCCCUGAGGAUCUUUGUCAACCCCCGGCUGAGGAUCCUCGAUGGACGGACUGUGCUCUUUCAGGAGGCCUGUGAAAGCAUCUCAGGCUUCUCUGCUACAGUUUCACGCUACCUGUCUGUGGAAAUUUCUGGUCUGAAUGAGAAGGGUGAAGCUGUGACGUGGCAGGCCAGCGGCUGGCCCGCUCGCAUCCUCCAGCACGAGAUGGACCACCUGGACGGUGUCCUCUACAUCGACCGUAUGGACAGCAAAACCUUCAUCAACAUCAACUGGCAGGCAAACAAUGAAUAGAAGAUCAUCAAGCCACAAACAAUUAUAUGCAGUUUUACUUCACACCAUCUCUGAUCAGCCUGCAUUGUGACGAUGGAAGCUUCUAUAUUUGCUGUUUUAGGGACACGUGGUCUGGUUGACAUUUGGAAUAAGAGCUCAAUAUCAGAAUCAUCAGCAACUGCUGCAACAGAAAAUCCAUCACUGGAAGUGUUUUUCUUUCUCUGCAGGGCAGAAACCCCAAAGCAAUGAUCACUUUAAAGUGAAAGCCGAGAGAGACAUUUUUCUCAAUGACUUCUUUUUGUUCAACUCUAAAACUGGUCAUUCUGCUGGUUUUACAUGAGAAUGGAAAAAUGGAUGAGUCUACGUCAAGUUUGGACAGGGGACUUGGGGCAUGUCUGGGACAUGAACAGGCAUGACCCGGCAAAAACACAAGUGGUUCAAACAGCUAAAAGCUUUUUUAUGCCUCCGUGCCCGUGAUAGACAUGGCCAUCAUAAUGUUUUCGGGGUUGUCCGCACAUACGUCUGUCCGUCCCAUUCUUGUGAACGCGAUAUCUCAAGAACGCCUUGAGAGAAUUUCUUUAAAUUGGGCA